UUUUUAUUUUUUGUACUUUAAGCUUUGGUUUAAGUUGAUUGAGCUUAAAAUUCAAAUGGGUUUUCUCUAAAACCCUCAAAAAAUCCAUAAAAUUGUUUGCUAAAAAAAAAAGAAAUUUAGGGUUUAUCUAUGGAGGCAGCAGCAAGAGAACAAGUAACUCCAGCCACAACGGGUGGGGUAACAGUUGUUGGAUCAGAUGCUCCUUCGGACUACCAUAUAGCUCCAAGAUCCGAAAACCCAACAGCGAAUCCGAACCCGACUCCGGGAUCCGCCCCUGCUCCUGCUCCUACGCCGCAAGCUGCAACGGCGGCGACUUUCCCUGCUAAGAAGAAGCGCGGUAGACCCAGAAAGUACGGACCCGAUGGUACGGUCACCAUGGCUCUCUCGCCCAAGCCCAUAUCUUCGGCGGCGCCGUCGCCUCCAGUGAUCGACUUCUCCGGCUCGGCUGAGAAGCAAAGGAAAAUGAAGCCGGCUAGCUCAGUCAGCAAGUCAAAGUAUGAGCUGGAAAAUUUAGGGGAAUGGGUUGCAUGCUCCGUUGGUGCUAAUUUUACGCCACAUAUCAUUACUGUUAAUACAGGCGAGGAUGUUACAAUGAAGAUCAUAUCGUUUUCUCAACAAGGACCUCGGGCAAUAUGCAUUCUUUCUGCAAAUGGUGUGAUCUCAAGUGUUACACUGCGUCAGCCUGAUUCUUCUGGUGGUACAUUAACAUACGAGGGUCGAUUUGAAAUACUGUCCUUAUCUGGUUCAUUCAUGCCUAGUGAUAGUGGGGGAACAAGGAGCAGAUCCGGCGGGAUGAGUGUUUCUUUAGCAAGUCCUGAUGGGCGUGUCGUAGGCGGUGGAGUUGCUGGUCUUCUAGUGGCUGCAAGUCCUGUGCAGGUCGUAGUAGGCAGCUUUUUGGCAGGGAAUCAGCAUGAGCAAAAGCCUAAGAAACAGAAACAUGAGCCCAUAUCAAUUGCUGCUCCAACUGCUGCUGUUCCUAUCUCUAGUGCUGAUCCAAAAGGAAAUUUUACUACCACAUUUCGUGGAGAUAGUUGGUCUCCAUUGCCAUCAGAUUCGAGGAGUAAGCCAACUGACAUUAAUGCAUCUCAGCCUGUAGGGUAAUGUAAAGAGCCUCACCUCAUUAUGUAAUGUAACGAUUGUUACUGACAAAAUCAACAAUCAAACUAAACUCCAUUUGUUGAAUCUCACCUAAUGUUUGUUUUGUCUGUAAACUUGUGAAGUAUUUAUCAGUAUCCCCAUGAGUUUAAUCUGAGGUAUUACCCUCCUUCCUUUUGAUGUAGUAAUUAAGUUAGGUGAUUAGGUAGCGUUCUACCACUGUUGUGUCAUGUAGAAUAUUUUGAUGUAAUAUUUUCUUCUAGAGUUGCCUUUCUCUUCAGAGUGAUGUAUUAUUAUUUCCAACAUUGUUUUGUUUUUGAACAUCAUUCAUCAAUUGUUUGUUUAUGUUAUUAUA